UUCAGAUGUAUGAUAUGGGUUUAUGAUUUGGAUUUGUGGUUUGGAUUUAUGGUUAGGAUUUAUGGUUUGGAUUGAUGAUUUGGAUCUAUGAUUGGCAUCACCAGCGAGUGUCGCAACAACGAAUUAUUUAUUACUUAAAUUGUAUCGUCCACUCGGAGUUCGAUGAGCCAGCAACGGGUCCAUCAUGUGGAAGGUCUUAGCGAUAAUUUUGGCACUGUCGAAGGCGGUCCAGUGCAAUUUCGAGCUACUGCUUCUGCAUAACAACGACGUCCAUGGCAGGUUCGAGGAGACCGAGAAGAAUACGGGGGCCUGCCGGGAAAGAAACAGGAACGUCAGCUGUGUCGGUGGCUUCGCCAGGACCGCUCACUUGGUGAGGAAGUACAGGAACGAGGCCAAAAGCGGCGCUGGGCCGAACGUGAUCUUCCUGAAUGCGGGCGAUACUUUCGUUGGAACCGUGUGGUACACCGUCCACACGUGGAAAAUAUGCACUGCUUUCAUGAACAUACUCAAGCCCGAUGUGCAAUGCCUUGGAAAUCAUGAAUUCGACAAAGGGACGGAUGAACUUUAUAAUUUUGUAUCUUCAGUAAAAUUUCCAACGAUCGGAGGAAAUGUGGAUUUUUCCAAGGUUCCUAAAUUAGAUAAAAUAGUACCAAAAUCAAUUGUGCUUACUAUCAAUGGGACUAAAAUUGGAAUUGUUGGUCACGUUACACCAGAUACUGAAAAAAUUUCUAGUCCUGGUGCAACCGUAUUCCUGGAUGAAAUAGAAAUUUUACGACAAGAAACUGAAAGAUUGGACAAGAUGGGGGUAAAAAUAAUAAUAGAUUUAGGCCAUUCUGGUUACGGAAAAGAUAAAGAAAUUGCGAAAAAAGUGCCGUUAGUUGAUGUUGUUGUAGGGGGUCACACUCACACAUUUUUAUGGAGUGGAGGAAAACAGCCCGAUAUAGACGAAGCUAAAGGACCUUACCCGACAAUGAUUAAACAAAAUUCCGGGAAAAGAGUCCCUGUGCUUCAAGCUUUCGCUUACUCGAAGUACUUAGGCAGGAUCAAAUUAACGUUUGACGACCAUGGAAAUUUACUCACACACUCAGGUCAGCCGAUUUUCUUAGAGAGUUCUAUAGUCCAAGAACCAGAUGUCUUGAAAUUGCUCGAAACCUACCGAGCCGACAUCAACAUAGUAAACAAAAAAACGCUGGGAACGUCCUUAGUCACGCUGGACGGCGCCACCUCCACUUGCAGAUACGGCGAAUGCAACUUCGGCAAUUUGAUUGCAGAUGCUAACGUUUUGUACCAAGCCUCAAUGGCCAAGGAAGUAUGGACAGACGCCCCUAUAGGCCUGAUGAACGGAGGCAGCAUUAGAGCCACCGUAAUCCCCAGAACGAGCGACGGAGGCGUCACCAGAGGGGAUUUGUUGGCUGCUCUCCCCUACGGAAACCUAAUAAUGACGCUGAAGCUGAAGGGGUCGGAUUUGAUCAAAACCCUGGAAUUGGGUAUCCGGAGCAACGGGGAGACCUCUCGGGGAGAAUUUCUGCAAGUAUCGGGAUUGAAGGUGCUUUACGACCGAUCGAAACCGUCGAUGUCGAGGGUGGUUUCGGUUAGAGUGAGGUGUGGCAAUUGCGUAAUUCCUACGUAUAGACCGAUUGAUGUGAACAAAUAUUACUCAGUCGUUACCUCUAAUUUUUUGGCUGAUGGGUUUGAUGGUCAUUACGUUCUGAAGCAAAAGAGUAUCGAUAGGAAGUACGUGGAUUUAAGCGAUAUAGAUGUUCUGAGUUGGUACCUCAGUAAGUACAAUCCUGCUUUUGCGGAGGUUCACGGAAGGUUGGCGUUCGUUCAAGAUAGUACAAGUACAUUCGAACCAUGUCAUUUUUUAUUACUAGUAUUCUUACUUAUUGGAUAUUUUAUUUAAUGUGAAAAUUAUUUUAUGGGACUGAU